AUGUUUCUGAAUUCCAAUAAACCUAAAUUCUCUUUAGACUUCACGAUAAAUGAUUUGUCAAACAUACCUCACGUUGGAGGGAGUUGUUACAUUGAUGUGAGCAUUAGGGAUUCCAAGAAAUCGAAAUUCUCACUUAGACCGAGCCAUGCACAAGCGGGAGCUCAGGCUACAUUCGAUAGCUCCAAGAACUCGAUUCAAAGUAAGUUGGAUUCGAAAUCUUCCUCUAGCCACUCGUCAUCCACACCGUCUACGGUAACAGCAGUAACGUCCAAGAAGAAGAUCCAUAACUUCAAAUGUUCAUUCCAUUUUCUGUUGAGCUGUAAUUUGAGAUUCCCCUUGAAAAAGAAGGAGAACUUAAUUGGUAACAAGUAUUUGAUCUUGACCAUAUACUAUCUCCCAGAUCUGAGUCAUCAUCAUGGAGAGGAUAGUCAUAGUGCAUCAGAGUUGGGACAAUUGGAUAUAAACCUAUCAGAAUACCUUAAUUUCAAAGAGGCUACCACUUUCAAAUAUCUUUUGAAGCACUCUAAAGUUAAUUCCAUCAUCAGCUUAACCGUUUCGUUGAAGGAAUUGCCCAGCGAUUUUCAAUUUCAUACACAAUUGCAAAUAUCAGAAGCACAUACGAACUUGUCUAAUGCAAAUACCAAGGUAAGUACUUCACGUCCGACUCAGGCGCAAACGACAAACAGGACCACCUCGCUGACACUCCAGCUUGACUCGCUGCCUCUGUCGCAAAACCCCAAAUUCAAUGUUCCAAAUUUUGAAAAGAAGAAAGUGUUUGGAGGAAUAAAUGAUGUGAUCAACACGUCGUCGGGAGAGCAUCAGAAUCUGGGCAAUGAGUCAGAGUUGGACUUGCUGAACAUAAACGGUAAGACUGAAGAAAAUGGAAAAGAGUGCUCAAUCAGCAAGAAGAUAUCGCAACACUUGAGUCCGCAUCACUCCAACAGUAAGCUUGACGGGUCCAAUGCAAACUCUAAAGCAAACUCCAUAAGUGGUAACUCAGAAAGGGCAAACAAUAAUAGUUCGUAUGGCCAUUCAGCACUCAAAAAUGCGAGUGGUAACGAUCAACAGACGGCUGUGAUGAUGGAGCCUAUUGUGAGUAAUUUAUACAAAAAGAUUCUCGAAUCCAGUUGGGAUCCAGAGUUAUACAAAUUACUUGACUACACACCAGAGAAAAUCGUGGACUCUAUAUUUCGUGAAGGAACAGGCUGGAGUGACAAGAUAUCCAAAAAGUUAGAGAUUUGGAAUGCUGGUAAUACGGAUGAUGACGAUGAGGUUAGAGAUUUGAAUGGGUUGAUCAACGAAGUUGGCUUCAGGGAAGAUUUGAAAAGUUGGCACACGUCUGCGCAUUAG